UAUAUUGGCAUGGCAAAGUUUAAAAUCGAUACAGUUGUACCGCUCGUGAAUGUGAUUUAAUUGAUUUAUAAUUUACAAUCAUUAGCUUAUCAGUCAAUCCGACGAAAUCGUUAUCACUUUUAAGCUGCACUGAUUCCAGUUAUAACAUAUUUAAUUACGAACCACGAUCAAACAUUAUGAAGUGAUUGCGAUUAGACUGUUGGGUAUGCCGGUUAGCCAAGAAAAGCUGUGUAUCCGUUUUAUCGUGGAGCCAAAUGGAAAAGUUUGAAAUGACGGUAUACAAUGCAGAGAAACGUCCCUCUAUUGCGUACGAAUAUGCGGAGAAAACUUGGAGAAGUCGGCUAGCCGAUAAACUGCGCAUAAACAAUCCAUUGUUGCGGGGAUCCGUAGCAGAAUUCUUUUCCACUUUUAUAUUGAUGAUUUUUGUUCAAGGCACAGUAGCCUCGCAAAUAUUCUCCGGCCAGCAACGCGAUGUUUUGCUUAUAUCCAUCGGUCAAGGAAUGUCCGUAGCAUUAGCGGUGUUUGUUUCCGGUGGUGUUUCCGGCGCUAUGCUGAACCCCGCGGUCAACUUUGCUUUUCUUGUGGUUGGCAAAGUAACAUGGCCGGUGGCCAUUUUUUACUCCAUUGCCGAAUAUAUGGGAGCAUUUGUCGCAUCGAUGGUCAUAUAUGCCGUCAAUGUCGAGAAUUUCGACAAAUACGACGGGGGUUUACGUUACACAUACGGUCCAAACGCAACAGCAGGCGUUUUCUCAACUUUCCCCGGUGAGCAGCGUUCAGUCGGGGGAGCAUUUUUUCACGAAGCGUUCUGCACUGUUACGCUCCUCGUUGGCGUCUUGGCUAUUGUGGACGAGCGCAACUGGAAGCCGGAAAAGGGACUUAUCCCUUUUGCCAUUGGAGGGCUGAUAUGCUUAAUAAACUUGGCAUUCUCAUACGGUGAAGGAAUGGCUAUGAAUCCAGCUCGCGAUUUAGCACCUCGGCUAUUCACAUUGGUCACACACGGAACUGAACCAUUCAGUUUCUGGGAAUACAACUACUUUUGGAUCCCCGUUGUUGGGUCACAUCUUGGAGCCGUUGUAGGUGCCCUGCUGUACGUCAUAUUCAUCGAAAUCCAUCAUCCGCCACAAGAAUACGUAAAAAAGUAAUUCAUCAAGGAACCACAAAGGGCACAAACUACAAAACCUGCAUUCUGUCUUCUCAGUUUGUGCUUGUAUUGUACUGUUUCAUAUCGAGUAUUGCUAUUACCAAAAAUACUGAUUCUCGCACAUGUUUGCUUAGUUUUUGCCAUUAAAAGCUUAUACUAUGUA